CACAGCCAACGCAGACUCAAGAUGCCUUUCAAGACACACUACCUGUUGGUGUCCCUGACUCUCUGCUGGUUCGUGGCUCUUCAAGCAUUCCCCAUGAACGGCUGUGCUGCAUGUCAGAAGUGUCGCUGCAUCCGGACGUCCUCUGCUUUCAUCUCUCCAAGGCUGUUCCACAGGAUAGAGAUCCUACCUCCAGGUGCCCACUGUCGUCAAACAGAGAUCAUCGUUACCAAGAAGGACAAAGCCACCGUCUGUGUGACUCCAGAUGCACGAUGGAUCAACAAAGUCAUUGUCAAGUUACAAAGUACCAACAAGAAGAAGAGAAGUGCAGAACUUCCCCAUCUCAACCACCAUUGAGUGAAUUGGAACAGGAAUGUAUCAAGUUGGAGCUCAAUGGACAUGUGACACCAAUGUGAUACCAAUGUG